AUGAAAAUGUCUCCCAAAUGCAUGCUUGUGUUGUUGGAAGCAUUUGUUUUGGUCGCAACCUCCAUUGCCAACCUCCCAACCUUUCCACCACCACAAAAUACUGAUCAACCACCACAUGAUGAUGAUAAACCAUUCCAUGGUAAAUCCCCACACAUAGAAGAUGCAUCUCAUCAUGGUAAACCACCGCACAUUAACCAUACAUUACAUGGUAGACCACCCCAUCAUGUGGGAACCACAAGUGAGUUGCCCCUGAAGGAGACACAAGGCACAGGAAAUGAAGAUCCUCCUCAACAUGGUGAUCAUAGGGCGAAACCAAAUGGCUCUCGACCAAUUCAUCCACCAAGUUUCAACUAA